AUGAAGACGACACUACUGAGUGCACUUCUGGGUUGCACCAGUCUUACAGCUGCCCGCUCUCUCCCUACAGCCUAUGAUGAAUUCAAAGUUGUAGCCAGAGAUGCAGGUCUGUCUGAUGCCGACAUUCUCGAGCUAGGAGGGCGAGUCAUUGCGACCAAGCGAGAGAGCAAAAAUUCACUGGCCAGUCUCACUUGCGAAGCAGCCCUUCGUGCUCUUGGAUCAAACGUGGUUGAUACUGCACCAGUCAAUCAAGAAGUCGCUUACGAGAACUGGUCCGCAACUUGCCAUGCGAUUCCAAGUUGCAUCAUCAAGCCUACGACCACCAAGCAUGUUUCCACCGCUAUGAAGAUCAUCAGUGGUCUGAAGUCUAGUUUUGCUGUGCGCAGCGGUGGACAUUCGCCCAACCCGGGUGCUUCAAGCAUUGACAAAACAGGAGUUUUGAUCGACAUGAAGGGACUAUCGGAUGUCUCAGUCUCAUCUGAUAAGAAGUCUGCUACUGUUGGUGCCGGUGCCCGAUGGGGACAUGUGUAUUCUGUCCUUGAUGAAGCGAAAACUAUCGUGAUCGGUGCCCGCCUUCCCCAAGUUGGAGUUGGUGGUUCCAUUAUCGGAGGAGGCUACUUCCACAUCUCCGGGCUCUAUGGCCUGGCUGCCGACAACGUCAAGAGUUUCGAGAUUGUCCUGGCCGAUGGAAGCAUUGUCAAUGCCAGCGCUCAGAAGAAUACUGAUCUUUUCUGGGCCCUCAAGGGCGGCGGUCCUAACUUUGGCAUACUCACUCAGCUUGAACUCUACACUGUCCCUACAUACCUUGUCUGGGGCCAAAUCAACAUCCAUUCCACCGACCAGGCUCUUGAGCUCAUCGAGGCCUUUGACGAGUGGCAGAACAACGGCGCUUCCGACACCAAGUCCACGGUUGCCUUGAGCAUCGGACUCGAUUCUAUUACAGUUGGUCUUACUUAUGCAGAGCCUGCCGCGGAUCCGCCAAAGGCAUUCGAACCAUUCUACGGCAUCAAGCCACUGCAGGUUGCUGUCCCUCCUUCCAACAUCACCUUUAAUUUUGUCAACCAAAUUAUUGGAUCAGGCAAUGCAACAGGUCCCAGUCGUCACGACUACCGCGGUAUCAGUACCAGAGUCGAUACCGACUUGACAAAGAAGAUGUAUGAGUUCUGGCGCGACCGUGCCCUGGCCGUUCGUGAGAAGACAGGUGCCAGCCAAGGCUUCAGCAUCCAACACGUUGGGCCAAACUUGGCCAACCAAGGCAAGCUCAAGGGCGGUAACGCGCUCAACAUCCCGUCGGGCAACCAACAAUGGUGGACUACACUUGUUGACUGGGACGAUGCAGCCAAUGACGACCUUGUACGCAGCGUGUCCAUUGACACCACUAACCAAUGGGAAAAGCUUGGCAAAGAGCGUGGCACAUACCUACCAUUCCUCUUCAUGAACGAUGGCUCGCGAGACCAGGACCCCCUUGCAUCUUAUGGCGCGACGAAUCUGGCCAAGCUUAAGAAGAUUGCCAAGAAAUUUGACACAAACCAGGUCUUCCAAAAGCAACAGAAGGGUGGCUUUAAAUUGUCCAAAGUUGGAAAGGUCUAAUCAGGCAAAAUUUCCUAGUGCUUAUUUAUGUAUCGCUUGCAUGAGUUGAAUAGGAAGGGAGGUUGUGGACGGGGUGGAUUACUUUAGUGUAGAAUUCACUCUAAUUACAGU